GUGGCAACGGCAAGGGAGCGGCAGCUAAUCCGAAUGACAAAUGUUUUCGUUCUCGUGUGUAAAAGCAACUAAAAAUUCUAUAAAAGUUUGAAAUCUAUACUAUUUUUUAAAGAAGAAAUAAUAAAAUAUAUAGAAACGUGUAGUUUUCGCUAAAUACCACGAAGUUACAAUAUCAGUAACUGUGGCACCUGUUUCCUUUUGUAGUAUUAUUUAAAAAUUGUUGCACCUGCCACGCCGGUCUUGAACUUUCAACAACUACUCACUUACCUUUUUUUUAUAAUCUUCUGAAAUGGCUAACAUGUUGGAAAAUCAAUUACUAACCGCUGCUCAAAUGAUUGAAAGGCAGUUGGAUCAACAGCUGGAUCAACUGGACAAUUUGGAUACCGAUGACCUCAAGUCAAUACGUGAACAACGUCUGAAGGAAAUGAAAGAAUUGAAUCGUAAGAAACAGGAGUGGCUUCAAAAUGGUCAUGGGACGUACACAGAGUUGGCUGAUGAAAAAGAAUUUUUUGAAGUGUCGAAGAAAUCACCAAAUAUUGUGUGCCAUUUCUACCGAGACUCUGCAGAACGCUGCCGCAUUGUCGAUAUGCAUCUAAAAAUACUCGCUGGUAAGCACAUUGAGGCGAAAUUCUGCAAAGUGAAUGCAGAGAAGUCACCUUUCCUAACGCAAAGACUGCGCAUUAAAGUGAUUCCUACAAUUGCAUUAGUUAAGGAUAGUAAAACAAAAGAUUACAUAGUUGGGUUCACCGAUUUGGGUAACUGCGAUGAUUUCUCAACAGAAAUGUUGGAAUGGAGAAUAGCACAGUCUGGCGCAAUCGAUUAUAAGGGUGACCUAAUGACCCCACCUGAUGUAAAAAAGAAAGCCUAUAUAAACCGCGUAAACAAAACUAUACGCAGUGGUUAUGACUCAGACGAUUCCGAUAUAGAUUUCGACGAUUAACAGCUCUUCUACAGAAAUUGGCAGCUGCAGUAACUCACAGUGUGUCUUUACAACAGAUCGAGUUUAAUAAGCUUGCUUAGCAAAUAUGACUCUAUCAAAACUAAAUUAAUAUCAAAAAAAUAAUAAUAGUGGUAGUGAGAAAUAAGUAAUCAAAUCUAAAGCUUAAAAAUCACACGCAACAAAAUCUUAUAAAAUUAGUUUUCAUUCAUUGCGUGUAUAAAUUAAUAGAAACAAGUUCAAGAAAAAUCUUAAAACUCGGGCACAAACAAGGGUGUCUAUAUUUAGUAUUUUCCCUAGGAGCUAUCGAAAAAGACAACAAAUCAGUACAUGCGUAAUUUUUCACUCACACAUUUUUUCCCUAAGUCUUAUUACAAAUAUUUACAAUAUUUAUUUUUUUAUACUAUUACACGAAAAACUAACCGAAAUGUGCAUGGAUAAUUUAAGCGCGAUAACAGACAAAUUCAGUUUAUUUUUAAGAAUCCAAUUGUGUUCUUAAGUUUGUAUCAUGGUAAUAAAAAAGAUCUUCGUAACAUGCAA